AUGACAUCCAAAGGACUUGACGCUCUCUUGAAGUUCCUUUUGACAAGCGACAAACUUCAACAAGUUCGUAACCAAGCACGAGGGCGACGAAAGCAUGCAGAAGGACUUGAAAAGAAGGACAAAAUGGGUGCAACCAAUUAUCGAUCCAACUAUUGGAAGCGAAUAUCACAAAGGAUCACUUUACGAUACAAAGAGGAAAUGGCAUUGAUGCGACAUGAAGGACAAUCCUGGAAUCUUUUCAAGGACUAUAAAGGACAACAUGCACGAUCACGUUACGAUGGUUCUGGAACUAAGGAAUCAAGGUUGGAUUUGAAGGAUUUCAAUGAUGGGGAUACCACGGGCGAUGUUUUGGUCUACAGCCAUGGAACGGAAGAUGCAAAAGAUACACGCUAUUAUAAAUGGCCGCCAACAAGGAUCCAAUCCCAAGUGAAACAAGAUACCAGUGACACCUAG